UUGGGCCGUUACCUCAUUGACUACGGCGACGCCGCGCUCGUCGACGCCGCUCUACUCAUAUCUGUUUGUUGGGAUCUAUUGGCCGGCGCCGAGAGUCUUGAGAAGCCGGGCCUUAACUUCAAACUAAACCAACACUUGACGAGAUCUCUAUGCGGUAUCAUAUCUGAGAACCGGGAUAUCUUCAGUACAUUACCCAAAGUCAAUGUCGACGACGUGUUGCUCAGCAAGAAUUUGCGAGAAUUUGAUAGUAAUUUCACAGUCAAAAUGUGGGGCUUUAAAAGUGUCAAAGACUACUACUCCCAGUCAAGCCAUAAGGGAAAGCUGUGUUGCAUUAAACGGCCGACACUAUGCGUCAAUGCGGCCGACGAUAUGUUUGCUCCCGUUUGUGGUUAUUAUGGAAAUACACUACCUGUUGAUGAAGUGGAAGAGAGCAGUCACGUGGCAAUGAUAGUGACCUCCCGGGGCGGACACAUCGGCUUUAUGGAAGGAAUAAACACAGAAUGGGUUAACAGUUGCUUAAGAAUCAUAAACAGCGAUAAAUUGCGGUCUUUUCCGGUUUUGGUCAUCAAUGGUGUGAUAUCGUCGGUCGCCGUCAACUCAAGCACUCGUUCAACAAUAGCGGCCACUCUUUCGCAUUCAUUUGGAUCAACAUUUGGGUCACUCUUUGUGUCUUUCAAA